UGUGUCCUGGAGCUAGCUACAUAGCCAGUAGAAGACAUUUAGGGCUUCAUAGUGUGAUCAGGUUUUAAAAAAGGAGAGAGAGAGAGAGAGAGAGACAGACACAGACACAGACACAGACACAGACAGACAGACACAGGGCAAUAGACCACCACUUAGGUUCAAGUUCAGGUUCCCUGCUCUCCCAAGAGCAGCUGACAACUACCGCUUUUAUUACAGGCAGAAUCGGGUUCUCCAGGGCCUUCCCUGUUUAGAGGAGCCUCUCUGCUGAGCCUCCUCCUUAGUGAUGGGUGCACUCGGGGGUCACGGCCCCUCCCUAAGGUCAGGGGUUGGAGAACGGGCCCUGUUCCUUAGGCAGGGUCACUGUUUCACCCGAUCUUGCCAUUCCACUCCCUCCACCCGACCCCUCCCCGCGCCUCGCGGCGCCUCUCCUUUGGAGCCAUGGUUCCUGUUCCGGGAUCCCUCGGGCAGGGCCCGGACUGCGGGGACUCAGCUUCGAAGAGUCGGGAGGCAUCAGGUGGCCCUCAGCUCUCGUCCUCCGCGUCCUUCUCGCGGUGGCUGGUCGCGAGCCCCGGGGCCGGUGGCUGGCCGCUGCGCCUGGCGGGGUGGGGCGGGAUGGCGGCGUCCGCGUGGCUGGAGGCCGGCCUGGCCCGGGUGCUCUUCUACCCGACGCUGCUCUACACAGUGUUCCGGGGGAGGGUGCGCGGCCCGGCGCACCGCGACUGGUACCACCGCAUCGACCACACGGUCCUGCUGGGCGCGCUGCCGCUGAAGAACAUGACGCGCCGGGUGAGAGAGACCGCCGGGCCGGGCCGGGCCGGGAGCGGGCCCAGGGCCUCGGCGGGCGCCCCGCGGCCCUCGCUGAGCCCCCUCUUUGCCUCGGCAGCUGGUACUGGACGAGAACGUGCGCGGGGUGAUCACUAUGAACGAGGAGUACGAGACCCGAUUCCUGUGCAACACCUCGAAGGUACACAACUGGAGCCCAGAGGAGGCUAUAGAAGCGAUCGCCAAAAUCCGGUCACACAUCUCCAUCAGGCCCAGCCAGCUGGAAGUUCUCAAAGAGUUCCACAAGGAGAUCACUGCAAGGGCAGCAAAGAAUUAACUACUGAUUAUCUCUCAUGCUGACUUAAGAGUCUGAAGACUGUGGAUAACAAAGAACUUGGAUCUCCCUGAGAUACAGUAACAACUUUACAGGACAAACCCAACCACACUGCAAAUGUGCUGACUGGUAGAUAAUGUGUCUCCUUUGCCUUCCUUCCUGAAAUAACACUUGGAUGGCUACAGAGAACAAGAUUGUCUGGCUAAAUCUUAUUUUCUUUGACAGGGAUAAGGAAAUAUUAAUUUUAACAGAAAUCUGUUGUUUCUAAUGUGUGUAAUGGCACUGUAAAUCAAAGACAUUUAAUGCUGGAGAAGGAAAGAAGUAUCUAGAUCUGUUCUUUAUUACUGUCAGAAUCCAAAUCUUUUUUGUAUGACUUGGCAAAGUGCUUGCCCAGCAUGUAUAAUAAGGCCCCGAAUUUGGUCCCUAGCAGGUCCAAAAAUAAAAAUAAAAAUAAAGUUUUUCCCUGGC